CACAUUGGUCUUGCACAUUUCUGCGAACCCCGGGUGUGUGCGGAAGGGGCGUGCAGGAGGUACGCCGGCACGAGCAGAGGGCAACUGGGUGACUGGAUUGGCGAAGGGCUGCUUUCUCUGGCUCGGGGCUCCUCAGCGUGUAGACACUCCCCCGACCCUUCCCCCCCCAUCCGCCUCCAGCAGCUGCUACUGCCUGCCUCCCGCCGGCUGCCGCGAAAACCCGGAACAGCUGCGUGCGCUCGUGGAAAGUCCUCCUAGGGGCGAAGCAGGGCAGCUGGGCAUGCUCAGUAGCUGGGGGAGGCUUGGGUGGAGAGUAGAAAGCCGCGGCUCUGCCUCCCACCCCCUCCCUCUGGCCCCCGCCCCCCUUGCCCCUACCCAGCCCGUAGUAGUUGCCCGGCGUGCGCCCGCGGAGACCGGGAACAUGGCGCUCCGAGCGGUGUAGCAGCCGCGGAGGAGAAGCGGAGGAGGCGCCGCCGCUGCGCUGACAGCCAGCCACCAGAGCAUGCUGUAAUAGGCACUGUCCAUUUCCUGAAAAAAAGAGAGAAAGUCUGAGACCUCUGUCAAUAAAAGAAAAAUAACCAUCAGCAUCACAAGAGCCAGAAAUACACUGUGGCGAAAUGCUUCCACCUCUUGCCAAAAUGAACACUGAAGAAAAAUGAAGAACACUGAAGAAAUCCAACAAAAAGUUGCAGAACAGAAAUAGCCAAACUCCUCUGGAAUCUGAUUCAUCCACAGCCAUCAUAAAAAGGUCUUUGCAUCAUGUUCGGAAAGAAAAAGAAAAAGAUUGAAAUAUCUGGUCCAUCCAACUUUGAACACAGGGUUCACACUGGGUUUGAUCCGCAAGAACAGAAAUUCACGGGCCUCCCGCAGCAGUGGCACAGCCUGUUAGCAGACACGGCCAACAGGCGGAAGCCCAUGGUAGACCCUUCCUGCAUCACACCCAUCCAGCUGGCUCCUAUGAAGACAAUCGUUAGAGGAAAUAAACCGUGCAAAGAAACCUCCAUCAACGGCCUGCUGGAGGACUUCGACAACAUCUCUGUGACUCGCUCCAACUCCCUAAGGAAAGAAAGCCCACCCACCCCAGACCAGGGAGCCUCCAGCUACGGUCAAGGCCAUCGGGAAGAAAAUGGCUUCAUCACCUUCUCGCAGUAUUCCAGCGAGUCCGAUACCACUGCUGACUACAGCACUGAGAAGUAUCGAGAAAAGAGUCUCUAUGGUGAUGACCUGGAUCCGUUUUAUAAAGGCAGCCAUGCCGCCAAGCAAAAUGGGCAUGUCACAAAGACCAAACACGGGGAAGCCUACUAUUCUGAGAUGAAGCCUUUGAAAUCCGAUAUUGCCAGAUUUCCUGUUGAUUAUCACACACACUUGGACUCACUGAGCAAACCAAGUGAAUACAAUGAGCUCAAGUGGGAGUACCAGAGAGCCUCAAGCAGUUCCCCUCUAGAUUAUCCAUUCCAAUUCAUGCCUUCUAGAACUGCGGGGACCAGCGGGUGUUCCAAGGAGAGUCUGGUGUUCAGCGAAAGCGAGUGGGGACCCAGCCUAGAUGACUAUGAUAGGAGGCCAAAGUCAUCAUACUUGAAUCAGACCAGCCCUCAGCCCACCAUGCGGCAAAGGUCCAGGUCAGGUUCGGGGCUCCAGGAACCAAUGAUGCCCUUUGGAGCAAGUGCAUUUAAAACCCACCCCCAAGGACACUCGUACAACUCCUACACCUACCCUCGCCUGUCCGAGCCCACAAUGUGCAUUCCAAAGGUGGAUUACGAUCGAGCACAGAUGGUCCUCAGCCCUCCGCUGUCAGGGUCUGACACCUACCCCAGGGGGCCCGCCAAACUACCUCAAAGUCAAAGCAAAGCAGGCUACUCCUCAAGCAGCCACCAGUACCCAUCUGGGUACCACAAAGCCACCCUCUACCACCACCCCUCCCUGCAGACCAGUUCACAGUACAUCUCCACAGCUUCUUAUCUGAGCUCUCUGAGUAUCUCAUCCAGUACCUACCCCCCACCCAGCUGGGGCUCCUCUUCAGACCAGCAGCCCUCCAGGGUGUCCCAUGAACAGUUUCGGGCUGCUCUGCAGCUGGUGGUCAGCCCCGGAGACCCCAGAGAAUACUUGGACAACUUUAUCAAAAUCGGAGAAGGGUCAACUGGCAUUGUGUGCAUCGCUACUGAGAAACACACAGGGAAACAAGUUGCAGUGAAGAAAAUGGACCUCCGCAAGCAACAGAGACGAGAACUGCUCUUUAAUGAGGUUGUGAUAAUGCGGGAUUACCACCAUGACAACGUGGUUGACAUGUAUAACAGCUACCUUGUUGGCGACGAGCUCUGGGUGGUCAUGGAAUUUCUAGAAGGCGGUGCCUUGACAGACAUUGUCACUCAUACCAGAAUGAAUGAAGAACAGAUAGCCACCGUCUGUCUGUCAGUUCUGAGAGCUCUUUCCUACCUUCACAAUCAAGGAGUGAUUCACAGGGACAUAAAAAGUGACUCCAUCCUCCUGACAAGUGAUGGCCGGAUAAAGCUAUCUGACUUUGGUUUCUGUGCUCAAGUUUCUAAAGAGGUGCCGAAGAGGAAAUCACUGGUUGGCACUCCUUACUGGAUGGCACCUGAGGUGAUUUCUAGGCUACCUUAUGGGACAGAGGUGGAUAUCUGGUCCCUCGGAAUCAUGGUGAUAGAAAUGAUUGAUGGCGAGCCCCCCUAUUUCAAUGAGCCCCCCCUCCAGGCAAUGCGGAGGAUUCGGGACAGUUUACCUCCAAGAGUGAAGGACCUACACAAGGUUUCUUCAGUGCUCCGGGGAUUCCUAGACCUGAUGCUGGUGAGGGAACCCUCACAAAGAGCCACAGCCCAGGAACUCCUUGGACAUCCAUUCUUGAAACUGGCAGGUCCGCCAUCUUGCAUCGUUCCCCUCAUGAGACAAUACAGACAUCACUGAGCAAAGGAUUCAGUGGAAGCGCUAGAUGAGGACAUAAGAAUAAUUCAGGAGAACAUGAGGAACACGAAAGAGUCUUGUGGACUCUACCCAGCUGAUUGAUGGGACAAUGUGAUGACAGGCAGGGUUCAACAGACCAGGGCAUCUUCUUGUGUCUUAAAUAGGCAUCUCUCCACCAACAGCUGGCGUGAUCAUUUGGAACAAGGCUUUAAUAAGUCAUUAUUAUAUUUUUCAGCCCUUCAUCCAGCAAAUCAGAAGGACUCAGUACAAACUCCGUUACGAUAUAUCCUAGCCACAUGCAGGGUAACGCAUAGGAUUUUCUAUAUUGAAAGAAUACUUUUCUGGCAAAAAAAAAAAAAAAAAAAAAAAAAAGAAAGAAAGAAAAAAAAGAAAGGAAAACAAAAAGCACUUUUUUCUUAAUGGUAGCAGUGUAAUGUAUUUUGCAAUGAAUUUGUAAUUUUUCUGUACGAUAGUUUUGAUAAUUUAUAGUACUUUGAUGUCACGUAGCCAUUGUAUCAGUUGAAGUAAUUGUUUACUAGCAAGAGUUUGAACAAAAGCCUUUCCUACUUUUUUAUCCCUUUCAGAGAACCAACGAUUCUUUAGGAACUUUGAAUACUGAAUGACUCUCAAUCACCGUCAGCUUUAGUAGAAUAUCUUUCUUAUCUUAACAAGUGUCUUACGUGAUGGAGGAAGAAUUAAGAGUGAUGGUGAUGGAGGCACACAUUUCACUUAUCCAACCAAAAAUAAUAAAAUAAAAUUUGAGCCACAAUAUGCCACCAUGCUACUCCUUGGGAUAAAGCUAAAUAUGGGGAAAAAUCAAAUUUUCCCUCAAGGCUAUUAGUCACAAGCCAGUAUUUGCACAGCAGGGUGGUCCCCAGAGUGCCCUCUCUCAGAUAGGUAUGGCGUCCCCUUGUGGCCAAAUUUCCCUCCACGGGAAUAAUUUCAGUGCUGCGAUCAUUGGACUCAGUUCCCAAAUUGAAUGUUUUAAGUAAGACUGUGAGAAUUCCAGUCUCACCAAGGGAAAGGAGAGAGAACAGGGCAAGAUGUUUGGGUUCGUUUGUCACUGUUUUUAAAACUCUGUAUGCUAGCACACCAAACUCUUGUCUGUAUUUACCUUUGUACCACAGUGUUAAUUGCUAUUGUUCAUGUGUUGUGCUGGAAGUUGAGGAUGAAUUAGGAAGGGGGUAUCUUACCAGGUGUGCUCUGACUUCAGUUGUGACCAUGUUAUAAUGUGUUUCCGACAUAGGAGAGAUGUACUGCUGACUAGAUCUUCUUGAAUGUUGAUAACAAUGAAUGACGACUACAAUACAUUUUGUGUUGCUUGUUGGAUGAAUUUGCAUGUUAACUGUAGGCCAAUAUAGAUUUGCCUUUAAAAACUCUGGAAGAGCUACAUAGUCAUCAUUAGUUUCUAUUAAUUAUGCAUCAGAAAAAAAAAGCCAUUUGUUACCAAACUGGAAAACCAGAGGCUUUUCUUAAUGACUUCACAUACAGUAACAAAAAGGAUUUGAAAUGUAUGAAAAUGCUCUGGUUACUCUAGGCAUAAUUAAGAAUUUUUGUAAUUAAUAGGUUGCUAAUUAUUUAUUAUAGCUAAAAAAGGGGGGGAAAGGCAUAAAAUGACCUCUACAGAUUAGAUUUUCAGUUUUUCCCCCAAACUGGAAAUGUCUCACCAUAAAUAGGAUCUAUAAUUUUGUUUCAUAAAACAUAGCAAAGCAAUGUUUUAUGUAAAAUAUUAAAAUAUUGAUAUAAAUAUGUAUGAAUAAAAAUCUAAAUCCAGAAAAUGGCCGUCCUAAAAGUUCAUGGGACAGAUUGUAUUAAUUUAACCAGGACUAUGUAGAAGUAGAAAGAGAAAAAAAUCUUUUUUUAACCAGAACAAAUAUUAAAAACCAUUGCAGAAAAUAGUGGAUUUUGGAUUCCAAACAUUUUCAACAGUGUAAUGGAAAUUUUUCUGUAAUUUUCUUAUCACUGGGUAUUUUAUAAAUAUUCAUUGAGUUUACCAAAAGUUACUGUAGCUUAAAAGGUUUUGUGAGCACUAACUAUUGGCAGAAACUGCACUUGCAAAUAAAAAUAAAUGUUUGCCUUUUUCCCAU